AUGAUUGCCACGGCGUUGCUGGUGAUGAUGGUGGUGGCAACUUCUCUGUAUUUGGCUCAUACUUAUUCUGAGUCUGAUGCUGGCUUCGUCCAUAAUGCUAUUUCUUCUCAUAAGAUCGUCAUCUUCUCCAAAUCCUAUUGCCCGUAUUGUAGGAGAGCAAAAACUGUUUUCAAACAUUUGAACCAAACACCACAUAUUGUUGAGCUUGAUGAAAGAGAGGAUGGGUGGAAAAUUCAUAGCAAAUUGAGCAAAAUUGUUGGAAGCCACACUGUGCCACAAGUAUUCAUUAAUGGAAAGCAUAUUGGAGGUUCUGAUGAUACUAUUGCGGCCUAUGGGACUGGAGAAUUAGCUAGGCUUCUGGGAAUUGCGUCCAAGGAUUGUGAUGACAAUGAUCUUUGA